AUGAAUACUGAUCUUGAUGGUCUUUUAGAAUUUCUUCUCUAUGUUGGUCAAGCUAAACGUACAUUUCGUACAGGUUGGGUAUUACAUGGUGUAGAAAAAGUUGAAAGUGUUGCCGAUCAUAUGUAUCGUAUGGCUGUUAUGUCACUUUUAUUACCAACAAUAUCUGAAGAAUCAAAAGUUCGUUGUAUGAAAUUAGCACUUGUACAUGAUUUGGCUGAGUCGGUUGUCGGAGAUUUAACUGAAUUUGAUGGUAUACCAAAAACAGAAAAACGUCGACGAGAAACUGAAGCAAUGCUUUAUUUAACAAGUUUAUUACCAGCUGAUGUUGGAAGAGAAAUAUUUUCAUUAUUCAAUGAAUAUGCUGAUCAAAAAACUGAUGAAGCUAAACUUGUGAAAGAUUUAGAUAUAUUUGAUAUGCUUUUACAAGCAUAUGAAUAUGAAAAACUUCAAUCUGAAGGAGAAUUUUUACAAGAAUUCUUUUCUGGUUCUGCACAUAAUAUUAAAACAGAUAUUGUUCGAAAAUGGCUUAAACAAUUAACGGAAUGUCGAUCAUCGGGAAAACAAUUUCAAUUACCAUCAGAUUCUAAUCUUAAUACAAUGCUUAAACAUAUUCUUUAUGAUGAUCAAGGAACAUUUUUAUACAAUUUUCCAUCAUGUGAACUUCGUUCAAAAUCGAAUCGUUUGAUAUCAAAUAAAAAUAAAUCUGAUAAUACAACAUCAUCGCCAUCCAUUGAUACAACUCAACUUUUGACAAAUCUUGUUAAGGGCAUGAAACAUCAUCAAAAUUAA